CUGAAUCACAAGUUGCAUGUGUUUGUACUCAGUUGAGCAGGAGUCCACGUGUGCACUGGUUUAUAGCGGAAUAUUGAUCUCUGGCGUACUGUUGUUUGUAUGAGCAUUUAAAGUUUUACAAUGGCAUCGAAAGUGAAAAGAAUACACAUAAACAACAAAACAGGGAAAAGCAAGCAAGCCACUCCUGGUAAAUUAAAUACAAACCUGAAGAAAGGGCCAAGUCUUACCCAAGAGUCAGAAGCUGAGAGCGAUGACAGUUUGACAGGGGACUCUGAGGAAGAAAUGGAACAAAACUUUCAACUGAUCAGUAAAAAAGAACAUAUAAAAGCCCCAGAAUGGGAGAGUGACAGCAAUGGUGAGGCAGACUCCGUGGAGGAUGAAGAUGACAAACAGAGUUUAAAUAGCGAGGACUCGGACGAAGAAGAGAGCUGUGACGAGCAAGCAGGCAGUGGAGGAAACGACAGAGUUGAUGAGGAGGACAAUAAAAACAAUGUUGAAAGUGAGGAUGUCAGUGAGGUUGAUGACAGCAACUCGGAAAGUGAUGUUUCUGAUGAUACUCCUGGCUUUUCAGAUUCAAAGAGGACUGAUGGCAGCAAUCAGACCCAUGAAGACAUUAAAAAAGAGCUUUCAACUAUGUCAUUUGAAGAGCUAAUGAAGCUUCAAAAUAAAGUAGGAACUAAGGUCUACAAUGAAGUAGUUUAUGGAGCAAAAAACAAACCUGUUGCUGGGAAGAAGAAAAUCAAACGACAGAACAAAAACAGACCGAUGGAGGUGUCUGCUAAGAAACCUGUUCCCUUUCUGAGAAAUGUGGUGCCUGUUAAGAAAAGAACAUCAAGAGAUCCUCGAUUUGAUGACCUCUCAGGGGAAUAUAAGCCAGAUAUAUUUUAUAAGACAUACGGAUUCCUAGAUGACAUCAAGAGAAAGGAAAAAGAGGUGGUCCAGAAGAAGCUGAAGCAAGCCAAAGUACCCGAGCAGAAAGAACAGUUGCAGCACCUUUUACAGAGAAUGAUUAACCAAGAGAAAGCACAAAAGAGCAUGCAGAACCAAAGAGAAAAAGAAUUGGAGUUCAAGAGACAGCAGCGGGAGCUUGUGAAACAGGGCCAGAAGCCAUUCUUCUUAAAGAAGUCUGACAAGCGUAAGCUGGAACUGGCAGAAAAAUACAGUGAGCUGAAAAAGAGCGACAAGCUGGAGAACUUCCUGAGCAAAAAGAGGAAGAGGAACGCCACAAAGGAUCGCAGGAAGUUGCCAUUUCAGAAGUCGGCAUAUUGAAAGACACCCCCCCUCUGAAAACCCCCUCCCCAAAAAUAGGAAGUUCCCCCUGAUUACUUCAGGGGAUUGUGUUAAACUGUAACUUCCCCUGAUUGCAGCCUGUAAUGUAUUAGUGUUGUGCCUGGAGACCAUUUUUGUUUGUUAAAUUAAGGCACAAAUACUGCCGUUUUACAGUAAUUGUAAUACUAUACCUUGCAAAAGGGCAGCAUAAUAAAUGUAAUUGCCGUGGAAUUACUGUUUUGGAUGGUGUAUGUACAUACUGUAAGACAAAAUAUAAUUUAACACUGGAUUUGGAAGGGUGUUGGUAGUAUUAGCAUAUUGUUAUGUGUAUGUCAGGUUAAAUUUACUGUCUGUAGAAUUUUCCAAAUGGGUCAGCAUACGUAUAUUUUCAUAAACAUGUUUUUUGUUUUGCUUACUCUGUAUAUUUACCAUUUUAAGUAAUGCAUUACUAGUGAACAUGCUGACUCGAAUCAGGCCUGAUCUAUUCUGCUACGAUCAAAGGGAAUGUAAUCAGGAUUGUUUUGUAUUGAGAUUAUACUGUGUAAUUAAGUAGGCACCUGUUUCAUCCUUUUGAAUCUCAGCAAAUUACCUGUAUGUUAAUUAAACCUAAUCGGUGA